AUGCCGGAAAGCACAAGAACUCCAGACGUCCCGGAUCUUCAAAUCCAGUCAACGGUGACCCACUCGGAUAUACCGAAACCUCUCCAAGCAGACCAGGCGUAUGAACCGGGUUUGCGUCGGGUGCCUGACCGUAUUCCUUGGGUUGUUGGACUCAUCAUUGUCGUGGAGCUUGGGGAAAGAUUCACCUACUUUGGCCUUAGCGGACCACUGCAGAAUUACAUCAAAAAUCCAUACGUGCCUGGUGCGGACCUGCCAGGUGCUCUUGGUAAAGGACAGGCAAUUGCAUCCGCUCUAGGUAACUUUUUCAAGUUUUGGGCGUAUGCCUCCACCAUCGUGGGGGCUGUUAUAGCUGAUCAGUAUGUCGGCAAGUUCAAAGCUAUAGUCAUAGCUUCCGGGAUUUAUAUCGUCGGCUUGACUAUCCUUGUGGCAACUGCGACCCCAGCAGCUAUCAAUGGCGGAUCUGCAUUUGGUGGGCUCAUUGCCUCGAUGGUUAUCAUUGGACUUGGAACAGGUGGAAUCAAAGCGAACGUUACCCCUUUCUGUGCCGAGCAGUAUCAGAAAGGGAGCGCUUUUGUCAAGACACUGAAAUCAGGAGAACGUGUUGUUGUCGACCCUGAGCUCACCGUAGAGCGAAUGUUCAUGUGGUUCUACUGGGCCGUUAAUAUCGGCGCUCUAUCACCACUGAUUACCGUCAACGUAGAAGCCAAAGUGUCAUUUUGGCUAGCCUUUCUCAUACCUUUGAUUGUGAUUGUCCUUGCUGCCGUCGUCUUUCUAUGCAGCAGCAAUUUGUAUAUCAAAACCAAACCACAAGGUUCACCAAUUGUCGAAACCGCCAGAACUGUAUAUGUUGCUAUAUCGGAAAGGGGCUUCGAGAACGCAAAGCCGAGUUCCCUGAGCCAGCGGGGUCGGUUAGAGAAAUACUCUGUUGCCUCCAGCGCCAACUACACCGAUCAAAGUGUCGAUGGGGUUAAGAAGGGCAUCAGAGCCUGCAAACUCUUCCUCCUCUUCCCGUUUUAUUUCAUUUGUUGGGUCCAGAUCUGGAAUAACCUUAUUUCUCAGGCUGGUCAAAUGGCUUUGCACGGCACUCCGAAUGAUUUGCUGCAAAAUCUGGACCCUAUAGCCUUGAUUAUCUUUGGUCCGUUGCUCGAUCUCGUGGUCUACCCAACGUUGCGUCAUUUCAAGAUUGAUUUCCGACCAGAGUUGAAGAUUACUGUCGGGUUCUUCAUGGCUUCCAUGUCGAUGGUGUACGCCAGUGUGCUCCAGCACUACAUCUACAUCUCCCCUGCUCAAAGCAUUCAUGUUUGGGUUCAGACACCUGCAUACGUUCUUGUCGCCUUUUCAGAAGCUUUCGUUGUGGUGACUGGCUUGGAGAUCGCAUAUACCAACGCGCCCGAAAGUCUGCGCUCCCUGGUUUCUUCUCUGUUCUGGUUAACUAUUGGCGUGGCGGCGGCCAUUUGUAUCGGACUCGCUCCAGUUUCCCAGGAUCCCUACUUAGUUUGGAUGUAUGGAUCCCUAGCAAUUGUAGGUUUCGUGGCGGGAAUCCUCUUCUAUGUACUCUACGGAAGGACAUCGAAGCAGCCGGUUCCAGUGUUAGAUUCGGUGGAGACCACUUCGGGCCAGCGGGAAGACGAAGAGGCCCAAAUUGAGAGUGGUAAACGUAUGGUGGUGACGGCGAAAGAUUCAUAG